AUGGCAAAAGCAUUCAACGAAAUCAAAGCUCGGGCGUCGCUGGAACCUCGACAGAACAGCCUUCUUCUGGGCGAUCUGAAAAAGGCCAUCACCACGCCCAUCGGCCAAGAGAUUGCGGACAUCCUGACGGGCAAGGCAGAGGCCCAGGUCAACGCCAUUCCGGUUGUGCGCCGUCAGACGUGCGAUGCGGCCACCAACGUCUGCUGUGUCUGGAACGAUGUAUCCGCGACCCUGACGGAGAAGUUCCUCGGCCCAACCGGCCGCUGCAACGACAACGCACGCGCCGCCGUCCGGCUCGGAUUCCACGACGCCGGAUCAUGGUCGCAGAAGCUCGCCGACGCAGGGCAGAACUUUGGCGGCGCGGACGGAUCGCUGCUCAUGGACUUUGGCGAGCAGGACCGCGACGCCAACAACGGCCUGCAGGAGAUCCGGCUGCUGCUGCGCGACGUGCAGGCCAAGCACGGCGUGGGCUUCGCGGACCUGGCGCAGUUUGCGCACAACCACGCGACGGUGACGUGCCCGCUGGGCCCGCGGAUCAAGACGUACGUCGGGCGGCCGGACGCGACCAAGGCGGCGCCGGACGGGCUGCUGCCGAGCACGUUUGACACGGCGGAUAACCUGCUUGCGCUGUUUGCGGACAAGACGUUUACGGCGGCGGAGCUGGCGGCGCUGCUGGGCGCGCACACGACGGCGAGGCAGUUCCACAGCAUUGCCGGGCAGGAGGGCGACGCGCAGGACUCGACGCCGGGCGUGUGGGACGUGGCCUUUUACAACGAGACGCUGCAGACGAGCAACGACACGCGGCUGACGAUCCUGCCGUCGGACCUGGCGCUCGCGAAGAGUUCGCAGAUGAGCGCGGCGUUUAGCGGGUUCAUUGGACGGCAGGGGUUCUGGAAUGCGCGGUACUCGACGGCGUAUGUGAGGAUGAGCAUGCUGGGCGUGCCGAACAUCAACGACCUGAAGGAGUGUACCGAUUCGCUGCCGGCGGCGCGGCCUACCUUUGACUUUAAAGAGGGGGAGUUUAUCAACGAGUGA